AUGAACUCUCCUCCAAACCUUGUGACAUCACAACCACCAUUGAGAGUACUUAGGGCUACAAACGCAGGGGGGCUGACCAAUCCACGGCCGCUGAGGGAACAAGGGGCGUCACUGUCUGUCUCGGGUCUCGGACAAUCGGUAAGGCUUGACACACUGCAUCCAUGUUCGAGCCCAACCAAGAGCUUCUACUUGGAAGGAAAGAGACCGCUAAUCCGGGAGCCUAAACUUCUUGGAGGCAUGUUCACAACGGUAGUUCUUUCAUCGAGUGAAUGCCUUGCAUCCCCCCGAUUCCAAGGCGGAAGGCGCAUUCCAAUGCCUGCUGUCGCGGUCUGGAUGAGGAAGGAUUGUUCUCUGCUUCAAGGUCUCGGUCGCGGAGCAGUGGUAUGGUCAGUUUCGACCAAGCAAAUAUGCUUUGACAAAAGAGGCCAAGUAUUCCGAGGCCGGAGACUUCCAGAGGCCUAUUGGCACAAGAAGAGGAACACAAAGCAUGGAGACUUACUCUACUCCGUAGAGAAGGCAUCAAGGGCUAGCGUGCAGACAACGACAUUGAAGCGAGUUACUGUUGCAACACUAUCCAGAACCAGACAAGUGUGCCAAUACCUCAGGAAUUUUCUUGCCGGGGCAUCCUGCAUCUCUGAACUGGGAAGGUAUCUGCAUGUAGGAGAAGCUGGCCGACUCCCUACUUCUCCUUCCCCAUCCCUUGAAGCAAGGACAGGUUACAUGCUUGCAUUCUAUGUCUAUGCUGGAAUGAUUUCCCCCGGGCGGCGACUGAAAGCACGACUCGCAUCGGAUCGGCUCAUUUGUAGGCUUGCGCUCCGGCCAUGCGAGAAAUGUUUGUUUGGAUCUGAUGCCGAGGCGGCGACACCGACGAGGCAUCCAAGUCGCCAAGGGUUCCUUUCCUUGUUGCUCCGCGGGCUGAACUAA